UUACCAAAUACCAAUGUCCAAUAGUGAUCGGUGUUGUCUGAAUACAGAAAGUGCUGUUAAUAAGCAUUUUAUUGUGAUUUGAACAAAUUUCCAAUUGUGUUUGUGUUCUUUUAGACUAAAGUGCGAUUUUGAUAGUGUUACAGAGCUUUUUGCUUCAUAAGUUCUACAAAAUAUUGUCAAAACGGCAACCGAAAAGAUAAACUCAUCUGAGCAACCCAACUACAACACAAUGUAUCAACAAGGUGGUUAUCCGCAAGCCGGGUACCCGCAACCCGGUUAUCCUCAAGGAGGCUACCCGCAAGGAGGUAUCCCGCCAGGCGGCUACCCUCCCCAAGGCGGCUACCCUCCCCAAGGUGGCUACCCCCCUGGUGGUUAUCCUCCGCAACCAGGAUUCCAGGCUGCAGGCUAUGGCGGUGCAGGAUAUGGAGAACCUGGUUAUGGAGGGCCUGCGGGAUUGGGUGAUGAUGCCGACGUGAAAGGCUUCGAUUUUAACGAGCAGACCAUCAGGAAGGCAUUUGUCCGGAAGGUGUACUCCAUUUUGAUGUGUCAGCUGCUUGUAACGCUCUCCUUCAUCACUCUGUUCGUAUACCAUGCACCAACCAAACUAUGGGCACAGCAAAAUACAUGGGCUUUCUGGGUAGCGUUCGUGGUGAUGUUUGUAUGUCUGAUCGCGAUGUCGUGUUGCGGCGACCUCCGCCGUCAGUCGCCGACCAACUUUAUUUUCCUUGGACUCUUCACCCUCGCAGAGAGCUUCUUGCUUGGCGUCACCAGCUCUGUUUAUAAGAGCGAUGCGGUAAUGAUGGCGGUGGGAAUAACGGCGGCUAUCUGUCUCGCUCUAACCCUCUUCGCGAUGCAGACCAAAUGGGACUUUACGGCCAUGGGUGGUAUACUAUUGUGUGCUACCGUGAUACUCUUGCUGUUUGGUAUAAUCGCGAUCUUCAUCCCUCGCAACUCAAUAGUGAUGCUCGUCUAUGCCUCCGUUGGAGCACUGCUUUUCUCGGUUUAUCUGAUCUACGAUACUCAGCUGAUGAUGGGCGGUAAACACAAAUACAGCAUUUCGCCAGAGGAAUAUGUGUUCGCGGCUCUUAAUCUAUACUUGGACAUCAUAAACAUCUUCAUCUACAUCCUUACGAUCAUUGGCGUUGCUAAAGAUUAAAUUGUUGGUAUUGGUUGGUGUUGGUCUAUGGUAGCUUUGGCUUUUGACAUAGAGAAUGGACUAAGCAAUGCCCACUUCUAUACUCUGUUGCAAGAGUGAAAAACGAUUGACCUGUACUACGUUACCUAAAUCAAAUACUCCUGUUCGCUAACCAUUUUUUUUCCGUUAUUCUUUCCAAAUUACGUAAUAAAGUCAAAAAAGCUCAUCAUGGGAUGGGCUGGAUAAUUUAAUAAUUAUUUUUGGGUAUUCUUGUUGAAUUUUAGUUAAUAUUUCUUGUAUUGUUUCCGAGCCAUUCAUUAUGAACUAUCAGGAUGUCAUUCAAAUAUUUUUAUGGAUUUAUUUCGUUGGUCGAUUUUCGCUCUUAGUUGAAACAGAAAAGAAGUAAGUGACAAUAAAUUGUCCAAACAUAGUGAAUAUUGUCAAAAACAUUUUC